AUGGAGUGGGUUGCUCGAAGCCUCGAUUCGAGCACAGUCGAACUCGAAGAGUCGAAGAAUUCAAAAAUCAAAAUAAUGAAGACAAAACAAGAGAAUAUUGCUUCUAUUUUUGCAAAGCUAUUGAAGCUUGUAUUGCUUCUUCCAGUGACGACAGCAAGUGUCGAAAGAUCAUUUUCCCGGAUGAAUCAUAUAAAAAGUAAAGUGCGAAACAACAUGGGAGAACAAUUGUUGAAUGAUUGCAUGAUUACCUUUUUAGAGAAGGAUUUGUUUCUCAAUGUUAGUAAUGAUGCUAUAGUACAUCGAUUCCAAAAUAUGAAAACUAGGCGAGAACAAUUGUAG